AUGGAUGACAGGUGCUACCCAGUGAUCUUCCCAGAUGAGCGGAAUUUCUGCCCCUUCACUUCUGACUCUCUGGCUGCAAUAGAGAAGCGGAUUGCUGCCCAAAAAGAGAAAAAGAAGUCCAAAGACAAGACUGUGGCAGAACCCCAACUUCGACCUCAACUUGACCUGAAGGCCUCCAGGAAGUUGCCCAAGCUCUAUGGCAACAUUCCCCGUGACCUGAUAGCGAAGCCCCUGGAAGACUUGGACCCGUACUAUAGAAAUCAUAAGACAUUUAUGGUGUUGAACAAGAAGAGAACCAUCUACCGCUUCAGUGCCAAGCGUGCCUUGUUCAUUUUGGGACCUUUCAAUCCACUCAGAAGUUUAGCCAUUAGAAUCCUGGUCAAUUCAUUGUUCAGCAUGUUCAUCAUCUGCACAGUCAUUGUCAACUGUGGGCUAAUGGCUGCGGUUGGCUUUAAGGAAAACAAUUGCACCGACAUUAAGGAAAACAAUAGCACCGGCAAUAAGGAAAACAGUACCGAGACAGACGUUUCUGAAUACAUCUUCACUGCGAUUUAUAUUUUGGAAGCCGUGAUAAAAAUAUUGGCAAGAGGUUUUAUCCUGGAUGAGUUUUCUUUCCUUCGAGAUCCGUGGAACUGGCUGGACUCCAUUGUCAUUGGAACAGCGAUUGCAUCUUAUUUUCCAUUUGGAAAAAUCAAUCUGUUGUCCCUGCGUACCUUCCGAGUGUUCAGAGCUUUGAAGGCAAUUUCAGUAGUUUCAGGUCUGAAGGUUAUUGUGGGGGCCUUGCUGCGUUCUGUGAAGAAGCUCGUUGACGUGAUGGUCCUCACCCUCUUCUGCCUCAGCAUCUUCGCCCUGGUAGGUCAGCAGCUCUUCAUGGGAAAUCUGAACCAGAAAUGUAUCAGGACCAACUGUACCCAAAACUUUGAAACUAAUGAAUAUUGCUUUGAAAAGGAAGAAGAUUCCAAAGAACCCAUGUUGUGUGGCAGCUGGUUUGGCAGCAGAUCCUGUCCCAACAACUCUACGUGCAACCACACCAGAAUUAAUCCUGACAGUAAUUAUACAAAUUUUGACAACUUUGGCUGGUCUUUUCUUGCCAUGUUCCGGCUUAUGACUCAAGAUUCCUGGGAGAAGCUUUAUCGACAGACCCUGCGCACCUCUGGGCUCUACUCAGUCUUCUUCUUUGUGGUGGUCAUCUUCCUGGGCUCUUUCUACCUGAUUAACUUAACCCUGGCUGUUGUCACCAUGGCUUACGAGGAGCAGAACAGGAAUGUAGCUGCAGAGACUGAGGCCAAGGAAAAAAUGUUUCAGGAAGCCCAGAAGCUGUUAAAGGAGGAAAAGGAGGCUCUGGUUGCCAUGGGGAUUGACAGAAGUUCACUCAAUUCCCUUCAAGCAUCGUCUUUUUCCCCAAAGAAGAGAAAGUUCCUUGGAAAUAAGAAAAAGAAGUCCUUAUUGAAGAGAAAGUCUAGGAAAGACAAAACUUCAGGAUCAGAUUCUGAUGGAGAGGCUCCCUCAAAUCCACCCCUUCUAGAGCAAACCAAACGAUUGUCCCAGAACCUGCCAGUGGAUCUGUUUGAUGAGCACGGAGACCCCUUCCAAAGACAGAGGGCACUGAGUGCUGUCAGCAUCCUUACCAUCACCAUGCAUGAACAAGAAAAAUCCCAGGAGCCUUGUCUCCCAUGUGGGGAAAACCUGGCAUCCAGAUACCUCGUGUGGAACUGCAGUCCCUGGUGGCUGCGCCUUAAGAAGGCCCUGAGAUUUGUGAUGACUGACCCUUUCACUGAGCUGGCCAUCACCAUCUGCAUCAUAAUCAAUACCAUCUUCUUGUCCAUGGAGCAUCAUAAUAUGGAUCCAUAUCUGAAGAGCAUAUUGCAAAAAGGAAAUUGGGUUUUCAGUGGCAUUUUUAUAGCAGAAAUGUGCCUAAAAAUCAUCGCACUUGAUCCAUACCACUACUUUCGCCAAGGCUGGAACAUUUUUGAUAGCAUCGUAGCUCUCCUGAGUGUUGCAGAAGUCCUCUGUGAAGAGUCAAAGUGGUCAUUCUUGCGUUCCUUCAGAGUGCUGAGGGUCUUCAAGUUAGCCAAAUCCUGGCCAACUUUAAAUACACUAAUUAAGAUAAUUGGCCACUCUGUUGGAGCUCUUGGACAUCUGACUGUGGUCCUGGCCAUCGUGAUCUUUAUUUUCUCGGUAGUUGGCGUGCAGCUUUUUGGCUCUAAAUUCUGUCGCCAAAAGAGUGCACACCUCUGUUCUGCCUCUGAAGACCCAUGUUUGCGGCGCUGGCACAUGGGAGAUUUUUACCACUCCUUCCUGGUGGUAUUCCGCAUCCUCUGUGGGGAAUGGAUCGAAAACAUGUGGGCAUGUAUGCAAGAAGUUAACAAACCGAUGUGCAUUAUUGUCUUUGUCUUGAUAUUGAUAAUAGGAAAGCUUGUGGUGCUCAACCUCUUCAUUGCUUUAUUGCUCAAUUCCUUCAGCAAUGAAGAGAGAUAUGGAAUCUCAGAAGGAGAGGCCAGGAAAACCAAAGUGCAGUUAGCCCUGGAUCGGUUCCGCCGUGCUUUUUCUUUUGUGAUUCACACGCUUGAACAUUUCUGUUGCAAGCAAUGCAAGAGGCAUAACUUACCAAAGCUAAAAGAGAUGACAGCAGACUCUGAUGCAGAGAGCAAGGACAUUAUUCCUCUGGCUGCAGAUAUGAAAAGGGGGUCAGAAACCCAGGAGGAAUUUGGUGUACUAAACUCUGCACAAAAGACUUUCAGCCUUGGGUAUGAUAGGAGUUGGCUGGCCCCACUUGCAGAGGAAGAGAAUGAUGUUGAAUAUUCUGAUAAAGAUGAUGCAUCAUCCAUCACGCACUCGGAGGCUGAAAGACAGGCCUAUGACCUUCACCAGGAGAAGCCUGCCAUCCCAGCAGAUCAAAGUGUGGAAAUUGAAGUGUUUCCUGAGGAAGAGGUUUAUUUGGCCGUGCAAAAUCCCAGAAAGAAGUCUGAUGCCAUCAGUAUCCCAUCAGAAUGUAGCACUAUAGAUCUGCAGGAAGCCUUUGGAUAUUUGUAUAGAAUUGUUCCCCAACAAAAGCAACCAGAGAGAUGUUUACCUAAAGGUCUGCAUUGCUUCUUUCCCUGCUGUAGGAAGGACAGGAGAAGGUCUCCCUGGGUCAUUUGGUGGAACCUGCGGAAAACCUGCUACCAAAUAGUGAAACACAGCUGGUUUGAGAGCUUUAUUAUCUUUGUGAUUCUGCUGAGCAGUGGGACGCUGGUAUUUGAAGAUGUUCACCUUGACAAGCGGCCACACGUCCAAGAAAUACUAAAUUAUACUGACCAUGUUUUCACAUAUAUUUUCAUCUUUGAGAUGGGUCUGAAAUGGGUGGCCUUUGGAUUUGGGAAGUAUUUCACUAGUGCCUGGUGCUGGCUCGAUUUCAUCAUUGUGAUUGUCUCCGUGGUCAGUCUCUUCACCGUAAAUACGUGGAAGCCCCUUCGGACUCUGCGAGCACUGAGACCUCUUCGAGCGCUGUCUCAGUUUGAAGGAAUGAAGGUGGUGGUCAAUGCUCUCAUAGGGGCCAUUCCUGCCAUUCUCAACGUUUUGCUUGUUUGCCUGAUUUUCUGGCUCAUAUUUUGUAUCCUGGGAGUAAACUUCUUUUCCGGACAUUUUGGAAGAUGUAUUCGUGGAAAAGAUAAAAGCAAAUAUCUUCCUAAUGUUGAAAACCGAAGUCAGUGUAAUGAGUGUAAUGAGACUUGGGUCAACCUGGAAGUCAACUUUGACAAUGUGGGGAUCGCUUACCUUGCUCUGUUGCAAGUGGCAACAUAUAAAGGCUGGCUGGACAUCAUGGAAGCAGCUGUUGAUUCCAGAGGGGAAGAAAAACAGCCAGCAUUUGAGGCAAAACCACUCAUGUACCUUUACUUUGUUGUUUUUAUCAUCUUUGGGUCAUUCUUCACUCUGAAUCUCUUUAUUGGUGUUAUUAUUGACAACUUCAACCAACAGCAGAAAAAGAUAAGUGGCCAAGACAUUUUUAUGACAGAAGAACAAAAGAAAUAUUACAGUGCAAUGAAAAAAUUAGGAACCAAGAAACCUCAAAAACCCAUUCCAAGGCCUCUGAAUAAAUGUCAAGGUCUUGUGUUUGACCUGGUCACACACCAGGUCUUUGACAUCUUCAUCAUGAGUCUCAUUGUCCUAAACAUGGUUGGCAUGAUGGCUGAAUCAUAUGAACAAUCCGAAGGCGUGACAGUUACCUUUGAUAAUAUCAACAUAGCCUUUGUGAUCAUCUUUACGAUAGAGUGUCUCAUCAAAAUCUUUGCUUUGAGGCAAUACUACUUCACCAAUGGCUGGAAUUUAUUUGAUUGUGUGGUCGUGGUUCUUUCUAUUAUUAGUACAAUGGUCUCUGCCUUGGAAAAUCAGGAGCACAUUCCUUUUCCACCAACACUCUUCAGAAUCGUGCGCCUGGCUCGGAUUGGGCGCAUCCUGAGACUUGUCCGGGCGGCGCGAGGAAUCAGGACCCUCCUAUUUGCUCUGAUGAUGUCCCUUCCCUCUCUGUUCAACAUCGGUCUUCUACUCUUUCUGGUCAUGUUUAUUUAUGCCAUUUUAGGUAUGAAAUUUUUUUCCGAAGUGAGGAAAGGCGCUGGGAUCGAUGACAUAUUCAACUUCAAAACUUUCGAAGGCAGCAUGCUCUGUCUCUUCCAGAUAACCACAUCAGCAGGCUGGGACUCCCUCCUCAACCCCAUGCUGAAUUCAGGAGAGUCAGGCAACUCCUCAGCCAACAGUCACCUCCCAGCUGUAGCCACCGCCUACUUUGUUAGUUACAUCAUCAUCUCCUUCCUCAUCGUGGUCAACAUGUAUAUCGCUGUGAUUUUAGAGAACUUCAAUACAGCCACGGAAGAAAGUGAGGACCCUCUGGGGGAAGAUGAUUUUGAAAUAUUCUAUGAAGUCUGGGAAAAGUUUGACCCUGAAGCCACACAGUUUAUUGACUACUCUGCCCUUUCUGACUUUGCCGAUGCCCUGCCUGAGCCUUUGCGUGUGGCCAAGCCAAAUAAAUUCCAGUUCCUUGUCAUGGACUUGCCCAUGGUGAGUGGGGAUCGUCUCCACUGCAUGGAUAUUCUCUUUGCCUUCACCACUAGGGUCCUUGGUGACUCCACUGGCCUGGAUACCAUGAAAGCUAUGAUGGAGGAAAAGUUCAUGGAAGCCAACCCCUUCAGGAAGUUAUAUGAACCCAUAGUCACUACCACCAAGAGAAAGGAAGAGGAAAGAGGUGCUGCUAUCAUUCAAAAGGCCUUUCGGAGGUACAUGAUGAAGAUGACCAAGUGUGCCUUGGAAGACAGGCCUCCUGCGUCAUUCCAGACACUUUGCAACGGAGACUUGUCAAGCUCUGAGGGAGCCAAGGGCAAAGUGCACUAUGACUGAGCCUCUCACCUCACCCCUACCUCACAGCCUCACAGUCCUGCCUCCAGCCUUAGCUCAGAGGUCUGCAGCUCGGUGUAGGAACAAGCCGUGAACUCAUUGAAUGAGCCAUUCUAUUUUGGUUUUUGGACCGAAAGAAGUGAUAGUUCAGUAUUCAUUUAAAAUGAUUCUUGCAGAGGUAUAAGAUAAGGCUGCCUUAACUGUUUACUGCUGGUACUAUUUUAGUAAGGAACAAGACACAAGAUAGGGCUGCAGAGGAUAUCCUCACUAAAGUUAGGAUUGAAACACUGUUCGACUGACAUAAAAACAAAAGAAUAAAACAAACAAAAAUCAUGUUAAAAUUUUAAAUUGUGUCCCCAUAUGUUUCUAGGUAUAAUACCUUUGCUGAAUGAUUUUCCAAUGAGAGUAUGUAGUUUAACCACAUAGAGCUCUUUUAUGUGCUAAGUGAAAAAUAAA